AUGGAUAUAUGGAAAUCCUUCAAGAGAGGCAGUGCCAGCAGCUCUGCCAGAGGCCAAUCCGAGAGAAGCACACGGAAGAGAUUAGAGAAGGGUGAAGAUAAUGUUGAAGAGAAGGAUGAAGAGAAGGAUGAAGAGAAUGUUGAAGAGAAGGAUGAAGAGAAGGAUGAAGAGAAUGUUGAAGAGAAGGAUGAAGAGAAUGUUGAAGACAAGGAUGAAGAGAAGGAUGAAGAGAAUGUUGAAGAGAAGGAUAAAGAGAAUGUUGAAGAGAAUGAUGAAGAUAAUGUUGAAGAGAAGGUUGAAGAGAAGGAUAAAGAGAAUGUUGAAGAGAAUGUUGAAGAGAAGGAUGAAGAGAAGGAUGAAGAGAAUGUUGAAGAGAAUGUUGAAGAGAAGGAUGAAGAGAAGGAUGAAGAGAAUGUUGAAGAGAAGGAUGAAGAGAAGGAUGAAGAGAAUGUUGAAGAGAAUGUUGAAGAGAAGGAUGAAGAGAAUGUUGAAGACAAGGAUGAAGAGAAGGAUGAAGAGAAUGUUGAAGAGAAUGUUGAAGAGAAGGAUGAAGAGAAGGAUGAAGAGAAUGUUGAAGAGAAUGUUGAAGAGAAGGAUGAAGAGAAGGAUGAAGAGAAUGUUGAAGAGAAGGAUGAAGAGAAGGAUGAAGAGAAUGUUGAAGAGAAUGUUGAAGAGAAGGAUGAAGAGAAGGUUGAAGAGAAGGUUGAAGAGAAGGAUAAAGAGAAUGUUGAAGAGAAUGAUGAAGAUAAUGUUGAAGAGAAGGAUGAAGAGAAUGUUGAAGAGAAGGGUGAAGAGAAUGUUGAAGAGAAUGUUGAAGAGAAGGUUGAAGAGAAUGUUGAAGAUAAGGAUGAAGAGAAGGGUGAAGAGAAGGGUGAAGAGAAGGAUGAAAAGAAUGGUGAAGAGAAGGGUGAAGAGAAGGAUGAAUAG